GGCCACCGUCGGCUCUGAGUUGCUAUGGAAACCCAGCCUCCAUCACUAUGUCGUUACAACAAGCCCCUCCGUCGCGGGUGUUUGUCGAACUGGUUCCCUGGACUGACCGGGGCCGAGAGAACAAUCUAGUCUCGGGCGGAGAGACGCUAUCCGCCCUCCGCCGCCCUCUCUCCUCAGCGCAGGCCCAAACUUCGAGCCGAGAGGUGCACGUAAGCGGCACAGCCGAGGUGUCUGCCAGCCCCGACCGGGCGCAGGUGGCGGUGCGGGUGAGCAGCACCAAGGAGGCGGCGGCCGAGGCCAAGAAGAGCGUUUGCCGCCGACUGGACUACAUCACGCAGACCCUCCAGCAGCAAGGCGUGCAGUCAGAAAAUGUAACUGUGACAAAGGAUUUUAAAAGAGUAGAAAGUGCUUAUCACAUGGAAGCAGAGGUCUGCAUUACAUUUACUGAAUUUGGAAAAAUGCAAAAUAUUUGUAACUUUCUGGUUGAAAAGCUAGAUAGUUCUGUUGUCAUCAGCCAGCCCCAGUUCUAUCAUACUUCAGGUUCUGUUGAGAAUCUUCGACGGCAAGCCUGUCUUGUUGCUGUGGAGAAUGCAUGGCGCAAAGCUCAAGGAGUCUGUAACCUUGUUGGCCAGACCCUAGGAAAACCUUUAUUAAUCAAAGAAGAAGAAACGAAAGAAUGGGAAGGCCAAACAGACGAUCACCAGUCACCCAGACUCUCAAGCUCUCCAACUGUACAACAGAAAAUCAAAAGUGCAACAAUACAUGCUGCUUCCAGAGUAUUUGUAACUUUUGAAGUAAAGGGGAAAGAGAAGAAAAAAAAACAUAUCUGAAAUUCUGACCAAAAUACAUUGUAUUCAUAUCUUUGUCUAUUUUUAUACUUUUUAUAAUGUUUCCUUUUUUCGGAAUAUAUAUAUUGUACAGUAUAUAAAAGUGUUUCUCCUCUGAAUCUGUCAACCCUUGAAUAUAGUUCCACAGAAUACUUAACGUUUAAUUUCUAUUCUCACAAACUUACUAUGGGAAAUACUCUUUGGAAAUAAAUGUGUUAUAUGUACAUACUUGUAUACUGACAGUUCAUAUAAGUGCAUGUGUUAAUAAUUUUAUAUUUCUACCACAGGAAGAAAUACACAGUUAUUAACAUGAUUCUUAACAUUUAAUAGAAAAAUUAAUGAGCAAUACGUAACUUUUGAUAAAAGGAUAAUGAGAUAUACUAAGAAAAUAUUUUGAUGCCAGACAUAAAAGACAAUAUAGGGACAAGCCUGUCUUCUCCAGGGCUCCUUUGAUUAUACCAGCACUCUCUGGUACAAAUAUAAUGCAAGCCAUAUAUGUAAUUUAAAAUUUCCUAGUAGACACAUUUUUUUAAAAAGUAAAAAACAGUUGAAACUAAUUUUAAUAAUGUUUUAUUUAAUCCAGUAUAUCCAAAAUAUUAUCAUUUCAGCAUGUAGUCAAUAUUUAAAAAUAAUUAAUGGAUUUUUAUAUUCUUUUUAUACUAAUUUUUCAAAAUCUAGUGUAUAUUUUAUAUUACAGCAUCUAUAUUAUAUUACAUUAUAAUUAUAUUACAUCUCAAUUCAGAUAUUACAUUUUCAUCAGAAAUACUUGAUCUGUGUUUAAGUUUCCUCAAAUGUAGUUGAAAAAAGAUUCACCCACCCAGGUUGUUCUAGACAUACUUGAAAAACCUAGUAACUGGAUCAAGUGUCAGUUUUUAAAUUAAAAUUUGUAAAAACUUGAAAUUCAGUUUCUUGGUUGCACUAGCCACAUUUCAGGGACUUGAAAGCCAUGAAUGGCUAAAUGGCUGCCGUGAUGGACAGUGCAGGUUUCUGCACUGAGAGCAUACUGAUCCUUAGGACUGCUUGCAAUGUGACUGCAAGUGCCUGUCACUGCUGCUGCACUACACCCCGUCGGCAGGUGUUGUCUGUAAGCCAACUGUUAACGCAGCACAGGCUUUCCUUUCCCCACCAUACAGCUGGGUCCUAGGGUUUUUCCUUUGAUAUAUCUUGGUACCCAAUUUCCCAAUAUUUCUUUCCUAUAACAUAUUUCUACAAAAGUAUGUAGUUUCCAUUCCCAUCUACUUUCAAUGUAAAUAAAUAAGACCUAGAAAAAUAAUUUUUCAUUUAAGAUUCUAUACCUCAUAUUCCAUAAAUACUGUUACGUCCUCCUCGUAAGUGUAGGUUGAGGAUAUCCCAACUCUGUCAGGCUUGAUGAAAAUGUGAUAGUGAGAAAUUCUCACUGGCCUAAAAAAAUAAAAAUAAAAACAUGAAUUAUGAAGUCAAAAA